AAUGAAUACCUAAAUGAAGAUGUUGAUGCUAGAGUUAUUGAAUACGAAGAUAACCGGCCCCUCCUAGAUAUGUUUCUGCAGAAGCCAAUGGGUUUACUAUCCCUACUUGAUGAAGAAAGUAGAUUUCCCAAGGCAACCGACCAGACUCUCAUAGAAAAAUUCGAAGGUAACCUGAAAUCACAGUACUUCUGGAGGCCCAAAAGAAUGGAACUUUGUUUUGGAAUUCACCAUUAUGCAGGAAAGGUCUUCUAUAAUGCAAGUGGGUUCUUAGCUAAAAAUAGAGACACUCUUCCAACUGAUAUCGUGCUGCUUUUGAGGUCAUCAGAAAACAGUGUGAUUCGGCAGCUAGUCAACCACCCUCUGACUAAAACAGGUAACCUGCCACGUUUAAAAACUCAAAAUAUAACAAAUUAUCAAAUGAGGACUUCAGAAAAAAGAACCGACCUGACAAAGGGUGAAAUUGGAGAAGCCACACGUCGUGCCAGAGAGACGACCAACAUGAAAACACAAACAGUAGCAUCAUAUUUUAGAUAUUCUCUGAUGGAUUUGCUGUCUAAAAUGGUGGUGGGCCAACCUCAUUUCGUCCGUUGCAUCAAACCAAAUAAUGAACGUCAGGCGAGAAAAUAUGACAAAGACAAAGUUCUGCUACAGCUUCGCUACACGGGAAUUCUGGAAACAGCAAGAAUUCGAAGGCUAGGAUACUCACAUCGGAUACUUUUUGCUAACUUUAUAAAGCGGUACCAUGUUCUCUGCUACAAGUGGAGUGAAGAACCCCCCGUGAGCCCUGACACCUGUGCCACCAUUUUGGAAAAAGCUGGUCUGGAUAACUGGGCUCUUGGAAAAACCAAAGUGUUCCUUAAAUAUUAUCAUGUGGAACAGUUGAAUUUAAUGCGAAAGGAAGCCGUUGACAAGCUUAUUUUGAUUCAAGCCUGUGUCAGAGGAUUCUUGGGUUCAAGAAGGUACAAAAAACUACAGGAGAAGAGGAAAGAGAGUGCCAUAAUUAUACAGUCAGCUGCAAGAGGACAUCUAGUCAGGAAACAAAGAAAAAUCGUUAACACAAAAAACACAGCAGUAACAACCAUUCAGACUCAUGAUCAGGAAUUUGACUACAAGAAAAACUUCGAAAAUAAAAGGGAAUCUUUUGUGAAGAAACAGGCAGAAAAUGCAGUAUCUACCAAUGAAACAGUCAUUCCUGCUCCAAACAAUCAAGGGGGUACAUCUGUAGUGAAGACUUCCACUUUCAAAACUGAGGAGGAAGCCGUGAAUACUGUCAAAAGUAACAACAGAGGAUAUCAAACUCAGAAAAAAAUGAGUAACAUCUGUGGGGGAGAGGCUAAGCAAGAAUUGUAUCUGGUAGAGGGCCCUCAGGGAGAAGUAAGCCCCCAACAGAAGUAUAUCAAAGACCUGGAAGAGAACAGUAAGGUAAGGACAGUGGAGAAGCAGGAUGCUGUGAUCCAGACUUACUGUCACAGUUAUACUGAGGAAAGGGAUUUUGAAGACUCAAAAGCAGCAUAUCUAGAAAGGAAGACCAUAUCAGAAAGGUCAAGCUACUCAGGACUUCGGUUAGCUGAGAAUGAGACUCAACAGCCUUCUUUUAAAAAAACUUUGGGACCUAGUCUUAGCCAAAGGUCAGUUCAUGAAAAUGCAAGUAGCGGGGAAAAAGAAAAGAAGACAUCUGUGGUCACCCAGAAUGCACCAGUAUGCAGCCAGCAGAGGAGCCAUCUGCGGCAUGGCGCCGUCCAUGAGAAGCAAGUGGAAGCAACGAUGGAAGUUCAGGAGGAAGAUAGAGCAGCAGUGUUCAUCCAGAGCAAGUACCGCGGUUACAAGAGAAGGCAGCAAUUAAGGAAAGACAGCAUGGCUUCUUUUGAAAACCAGCAGAUGGUGGCAACACCAACAGAAGUAGCAAGAAAUACUCACAAUUUGUAUUCCUAUUCCCCAAAGCAUGAAGAACCCUGUAAUAUCAAGACAACGGAUAACAGGGAUUCAAAAGCAAUUUCAGAAAAAGGAGCAUGUGAUUUGGCAAUUUUUUCAAAACAGAUAUCAAAGUUAUCUGAAGAGUAUUUCAUUCUGCAGAAAAAACUGAAUGAAAUGAUUUUGUCCCAGCAACUGAAGCCUCUUUAUCUGGGUUUCUAUCCUCAUAAGCCACUUAAUAGACGAGUUUCUUCUCAGCAGUGCCUCUCAGGUAUCUCUAAAGGAGGAGAGCCAAAAAUAUUGAGACCCCCAAGACGGCCCCGGAAGCCCAAAACAUUAAAUAACCCUGAGGACUCCACAUACUAUUAUCUGCUACAUAAGUCAAUCCAAGAAGAAAAACGAAGACCAAGGAAAGAUAGUCAGGGAAAAUUAUUAGAUUUGGAAGAUUUCUAUUAUAAUGAAUUUUUGCCCAGUCGUUCUGGACCAAAGGAACAUAACCCUAGUUUAAGAGAACGAAGACAACAGAGAGAACUCCAGAAUCAGUGUUUUAAAGCUGAUGAAAGGUGCUGGGCGGCGGACAGCCGGGAGGAGGAGGAGAACGGGCCCGCAGCCAGCCCCUACGACUACAGGAGGCUCCUGCGCAAAACCUCCCAGCGCCGGCGCCUCGUCGAGCAGGUGUAGCCCGGCUGCUGGGCAGCCACCGCCGUCGGAACGUGCCCGAGACUGCGCGCUGCGGGGGCCGAGGCGGGGAACGGUCAGGCGCUGGCACCACCAGGCGCCGAAGCCGCGGCCCUGACCUUGGCGGGGCUGCCCGCUGCGCUUGCCCCUCGAGGGCCCGGGCGAGUCUUUGCGGCUCCGAAGGCGGAGAACUGAGACCCCUCCCGCACCCUGCACUGCCACCAGCCGGCCAGUUGGGGCAUCCCUGUGCCUGACCCCCAAUGCAUCUCUUUGGUCACUUAUUUGCGAGUCCUUCUGUGGACCCGACUGCUCCUGAGCUCUCGCCGACCCCUCCUUUGUCAUUUGAGUGACUUCAAAGAUUUCUCCUAUCUUGGCUCUCCCAGGCCCGCGGGACACUGAGUCUGUGAGAAGAGAACAAAGCCUGGGUAGGGGGGAACCGGGGUGGGGUGUAGCUUUGAAGACGAAUUUCAUCUCAGACUCGCGCUUUGCCUUCUCUUGGUUAUUCAAGUUACUUAAUAAAGGAAGUACCUUGUAGAAUCCGUGUCUUUCGGGGCUGGUGCGCCAUAUUCCCCUUCGGGGCCAGGCUCCUGCUGUCCUGUUGUGCAGGUGGCCCUGCCCCGGGGAGGGUAGUGAGGAGCCUUCUGUCUCCAUCAGCGUACAACCCCGCCCCCCAGCCACCCCAAACAAACAUACCAUCCGAGUUAAAACCCCUUACGACACAAACGUGGCCUCCCGACAAAUCCCCAAUUCGCCCACACACGGCGGGCACACACGCACAUUCACAGAUACACACACCCACACAGCUUUCCCAACCAGUGUGGGUGGCUUUGGCCCGCCUGUAAAAAUUCUGGUCCAGCCACUGAGCUGAA